AUGCUGAAAGGUAAGGUCGUCCUGGUGACUGGAGCGUCUCGAGGCGUCGGUAGGGGGGUUGCCGUCGAGGUGGCUAAACGCGGUGCCACCGUUUUCAUAACCGGAAGACGUCCUUCUAACGAAUCAUCCUGCCAGCUCCAGAAUACAGCCGAAGGUAGGAUACUGCUUAAACGUAUAUUAUUUUUCGUUAUAGAAAUAACUGCAUCAUGCGGCACGGCUAUUGUGAAAUAUGUCGACCACAGCAAUAUGGAACAGGUAGAAGGUCUUUUUGAAGACAUAAAACUCGAAGCUGGAAGACUCGAUGUUCUUGUUAACAACGCCUAUUCUGGUGUUCCUGUGAGUUUCUAGGAACCUUUAUUGAAGUCAGAAAGCUCUAGAUAAUCAGCGCCAAUCUGGGGAGAAAAUUUCACGAAAGUGAUCCGGAAGACCUUUGGGACGGCAUCAACAACGUAGGCCUUCGCAACGUCUACUUCUGCAGUGUCUACGCCGCCAGGAUCAUGGCUGCUCAAGGCUCAGGGCUCAUCAUAAACUUGAGCAGCGUUGGAGGGCUUUAGUUCGUUAAAUGUUCACGACAAAACUCACAGAAAGGCUUUCAGUAAAGUUUUCAACGUACCUUAUGGCGUCGGAAAAGCAGCAGUAGACCGUAUGAGCAAGGACUGUGCCCUCGAGCUCAGGGUUACUUUUUCUCAUAUUCACAGCGUUUUUAUCAAAGCUCCGACUGUGUUACAACGGCUAGUUCCAGGAUUCGAAUGUCGCCGUUAUCAGUCUGUGGCCUGGAGCUGUUCAAACCGAAACGUUCAUGACCUUGGCAAAAGGAGAAGAACAAAGAUUGGGAGAGGUUGGUUGUAUCAAAAAAUGAUAGGGAUAAACUUUUGCAGUUGAACCACCUCUUCUUGAAUGGAGAAUCGACAACUUUCGUGGGAAGAGCCGUCGCUUCCCUAGCAGAAGACGACAACGUGAUGCGGUUCUCUGGAAAGAUUCUUCAUACAGCUGACGUCGCCUUGCAAUACAAAGUUCAGAGAUGUUGGAGGUUAACCAAAAAGAGAAUUAGUUUGAUUUCCAACUUUUUUUCCAGAUAGAAAGCCGCCGCACUUUCGAAGUAUCAAGCAGCUUCUGUCGCUUUCCGGGUACAGAGGCCUUUCGAAGAUCGUUCCAGAGUUUUUCCGACUCCCCGGCUGGAUGCUCACUGCUCUCGAAAGCACAAUGUGAAUUAAAAAUAAAUGAAUUGAAAAAAAAGAGUACGUGUACGAGUAAAAUCGACUUUCUCUUCAUUUUCACAAAGUUCGACAUGGAUCAAGUAGUUAAACCGACAGUUGUACCAGUAAAUGAGAUAAAGAGAGUAAUGAAAAAGUUCGGGUUUUCAGGAUCCAUUUAACAUAGAAGAAAUAGCAAAAUAUCAGCCUCGAGAAUUCAUCGAACAUUUUUUGUUGACAAAACCCAUCGGUGUCCGCGUGCUCAAGCAAGACUGCAGAGUGAGCAAUUACCUGGGACUUGAAACGGGAAAAUGUUUCAGAUAACGAACAUUCAAGCCAAUUCUGGGCUGACCGGAAAAGCUUUCGUGGGAGACACAAUAGUCGCCGUGGAUGGAGUACGCAUCAGCAAGGGAGAAGAUUUAUAUAAAAAACUCAAGGAGCCUUCUGAGGUUUUCGUACGUGGUUUUUUCUCAAAAGUUGUCGUUUUUUCUAGAAAGUGAUGCUUGAAAUUCGUCAUUGCUCGUGGUCGUGGUGUUAUCAUAUCAAGACAACCGUCGAGCGCAUCCAAAUGGACAGAGACACGGAGAAAAUAAGUGGCAAACCUGUAGAUCUUUAUUAUGUAAUACAGAGAAAACACAACUUGGACUGAUUGGUUGUUGAGGUGGUGAUAAAAAUAGCGAGUCCCCCAGAAGUCCCUCCGCCGCCUAUCGGCCUCUACGUCAAGUACGACAACAGGGAUCGCUUGCAGGUCCUUUCCUUUUGUCUUUCUCAGAAGCGGGCGCGUUUUCAGAUAGCUUCGGUAGAGCCGAGAAGCAUGUCCGCUAUCCAUCUCCGCGCAGGCGAUAUCAUUAGGUUGGUUGGAUCUCAAAUUGUGUGUUCAUCUGAAGAUCAGGGAGUGCAAUGGCAGGCAACUCAGCAGCAAAGCUAUGCUCGAACAGCUCAUAAUUGAGUCUAUCAGAGACAAAGGAUCCGUGAGUUGAGGCAUGUUAUGUCAAUAAGAUUUAAGAUUUUUGCAGUUUUCGUUUUCGGUCGAAGCUCCGACGGGUGGAGAAUCUGUGCGUGACUCCGUUGAAAUGGCGCCCGAUGUCGUCGAAAUCGCCAACAAACAGGUUCAUUGUUUUUUUAAUCUCAAAUUCACCAGCAAACUUUUGACUAUACAAGAUUACUCCCUAGAUUAUACAGCUUUAUUAUGAUCCAAAACUUUUUUUUUUGUACAGAUUGAAGAGUUCAAAAAGGCAGCAGGACUGAUCAAACUCAAGUCUUGUCUCGAAACCCAGAAAGAGCAACAAAAACGAAAGUUCAGUAUUUCCUCUAAAGAACGGACGGAGGUUAUUUUUUCCCCUCAACUUCGAAAAAAAGUUUUUUUUAGUUUUCGAUUGUUAGCGACUGCGAUCCAUCGAAACUAAGACCUUGCAAAAAUGCCAACUGA